AUGGGGUCCUCAGCCGCCGACGGCACCAAGCUGCCCACGGCCCAAGACGCGGCCGAGGCAGAGACGAGCAGAUUCACCCCCGAGGAAGAAGCGGCGUUGCUCAAAGAGUCUCGCGAUAUCAAGGCCGACGCCAACGCCCUCUUCACGUCUCAAGACUAUCACAAUGCCCUCUCCAGAUAUGAUGAUGCCAUAGCUACUUGCCCCAAGUACCUGCACUACGAACGCGCCGUGCUGCAGAGCAACAUAGCUGCCUGCCACCUCAAGUUGGACGAGUGGAAGGGCGCCAUCAAAGUUGCCACGGCCGCUUUGGAUAGUCUCACCGAGUUUGAGAAACAAGACCCGGAGCUCUCACCUGCGAAGACUGAGGAAGGCUCAGAUUCGAGGGAGAAGAAUGAAACAGCCAGCGACACCCCAGCGCCUACGCAAACCAAGACAAACGAUGCUAGCGAAGACGCCGAGGAAGAAAUCAUCAGCUCCGGCGCUUUGAAAUCAGCGCCCGCACCUCCGAGCCCCCGACCCGACUCCGUGUCCAGCCUUGAGCAGAAGAAAGCCGAUGUCCUCCGCAUUCGCACCAAGGCGCUCCUACGCCGUGCUCGCGCCCGCUCCGAAGCAGGCGGGUGGCAGAACCUCGCCGGCGCCGAAGAGGACUAUCGCACGCUCUCCGGCAUGCCCGGUCUGGGCCCUGCUGACUUGCGCACCGUUCGCGCGCAGCUCGCGGCCCUGCCCCCGAGAACAAAGGCCGCUCAAGAGGCCGAGAUGGCCGAGAUGUGGGGGAAGCUUCGCAACUUGGGCGACGGGAUCCUCAAGCCCUUUGGUCUGAGCACCAACAACUUUCAGAUGGUCAAGGAUGAGAAUACUGGGGGUUACAGUCUCAAUUUCUCGCAAGGCGGAGGCUCAUCAUCGUCAUGA